ACCAACAAACCAGGACGUCUUGAUUUUAAGUGUCAUUUUACUUGAAUUUACUUGGCAAAAUAAAGUUCCCAACUAUAUAUUCACUGAUCACACUUGUUCUUUUGAAAUGAGUCUAACUCUUCAUCAGAGUGGCACAGCACUCAUCUAAGUUACAUAAGACACCAAACUGUUUCAGCGUGAAGGAACAGCGUGUUCAGCUGCUGGAGUUUAUAUUGUGCAUCUGAAACCAAAACCACAUCAAAGCUGACAUCAUUUCAUGAGCUCAUGAAGGAAGCCACUUGAAGCAACAACGGACGAGAGUUGCUUGCCGCUCUCUUCCUUUCUGAGAAGACAUUAUCUUUCGGCAAUGCAGUAAUGUUUGUCUUCAUAUGACUUCUUCUAUAUAAACUAUUGUUUCCCCUUUUUUUGAAAAGAUGGAGCAAAGUAUUGCUGAUCUUCUUAGUGAUGCUUUUUCAGAAACAGCUGCUCCAUCAUUCCCUGAUGGAGAUUUGGAUUUUGAGAAUUUAAAUUUUGAUGAAAGAUUUGACAUCUCUCAAGAAAACUUUCUAACAAAAGAAGACGAGGCUCUGCAACAGGAAGCGGCUGCUCAAUCUGCAGUUUUGUCUAGCAUGAAAGAUGAUACAGAAAUGAGUGAAAGUGUGACUGAAGAGCAGUGUGAUGAUACAAGCGACGACAAGGAUUUUGAAGGUUUAGUGGCCGUGAGCAGGGCCAAAACACUGGAGGAGGAUUACACAAGCUCAGAGUCUGAAGAGGAAGGCUCUGUCUCUGGAGAAGAUGACGAUGAAGAGGAUACAGGGACAGGAGAGAAACCGGGGGAUUUGUUGAGGUCAGUUUGCUGCGGUGAUGAGUUUUGCGAUUGUAAUAAAGAGGACAGGAUUUUUGCUGAGGGACAACCUCUGGCCCCGCAGGGUGCUGAAAACCCUCAAGUUAGAAAUGAGGAGCAAGGUGAGAGUGACAGCGACGAGGAGGCGUCCUACUUUGAGAGAGUCCCUGAACAUGGCAGUGAAAUGAUGAUAAAAGGUGACGGAAUUGAAGAGAAUGAGCAAGACAGGGAAGAAGAAGAAAAAGCAGAGGACUCUUGUGAUUCUGAAUGUGAGGGCAUGAAAAUCGAACAAGAAGAAAAUGUUCUGUGCUUCGAGCAGGAGCUUGAGAAUCCUUGCAGAGACAGUCCGACGAAGGCCAGUUUAGAGUUUCCGGAAAUAUCGGUGCAGAAUCUGCAGGAUCUCGUUGCUGAGGUUGAUAAUGAAGAAUGUGAAGAGAAAAUGAAGGAUUUCUCAGGGGAGGAGCACCAAGACGCAGGUGAGAGCUUUGCAGAUUAUCCCUCAGACUUUUCCUCGUGUGAAUAUGUAGAAGAUGGAGGGAAAAGUCAAGAGAGUAAUCAGCUGGAGAGAGCUGUGACAGAUGUAAGAUCGGUGGGAAAAGCUGAGGACACUGAAGAGGAGGGGGAUGGCUAUCUGGGCAGCAGAGAUGCAGCUUUAACAGGGUCUGAUGACGGAGGUGAGACAGGUGAGAGUGAUUCCUACAGCUCCAGUGAUGAUGAAGUCCAAGAAAAGAAGAGCUAUAAGGACCUCUUUGAUGGUAUGUGUGCACAAGAUCUUGAAAGCAUCAACAAGGGGAGUCUCGAUGGGAGCAGAGAAGCGUUUUUUGACAACUACAACAGUGUCGAUCCAGCAGAUUUUAACAUAAUCUGGAAUCCAGAUUUGUUAACAACUGGCACCCUUCUGUCUGAAGACCUGUUAACCACAGAGGACGCAGACAAGGCGGAAACACCACUUUCAGAAAUGAAUCAGCAUCCUGCAGACGACAUCAACAGCUACUCUGUGGACACAAAAGCAACAAGCCCCUCUAACCAGGGAUCCCUGGAUGACGACUUCUUCUUCACAUCUGAACCAGAAGCCUCAGCGAGCAGCGAGCUGGGACAGCUGGGAGACGACGAGUACGAAGAGGAGAGGAACUGGGAGCAAGAAAAGGAGAGGAUCAAGGCUUUCUACAAGUUUUAUGAUGACAGCGAUAAAGAGAAUGAAAGAGAAGAGAGGCAGAUAAAAGUCCAGUUUUGUGCUGAUCCACUUUCUCAAGUAAUUCGCUAUGAAACUGACAGCAGUGACAGAGAUUCACUUAGCAGCUCCACAGAAGGGGAGGAGGACCUGAGCUCUGCAGAAACCUCUGAGGAACUUAGAGAGCCAGACGACACCACACAAAUAACACCGGCUUGUGAUCCCCCGAUCACUCAGGUCCCAGAGAACGUGCCAGACCUCAGCAACACACACAUUUGUACCAGGAAACACAAAUGUUUCAGCAUGUUGAAGCUGACACUGAAGAUGGGUCUGGUGAUCCUGGCAGGACUGCUGAUGUUCUGGUUUGCCACAGACCAAGAGGGCUGGUUCAGCCAUGUGUCAUUCUCCUAGGGCAAACAUUAAUUUUCAGGCUUAAAAAACUUGUUCACAUGCUUCCGGGUAAUAAAAGUAAAAUCCAAAAUGACAUGAAAAAUAUCUUCUUGUAAAAAUGCGAUGUAAAGUGCUAACAUUCAAGCUUGUGUUGUUAUCUGUAAUAUGCAAUUUUGUGCUUAAUAAAGAUCUAUCUU